UUAGAUUUUUAGUUAAAAACAUGAUUCAACCCAAAAAUUUAAAAAAUCUGGACAAAAAGGCCUUUAAAGAAUGGUUGGAUUCCUAUGAUACCAUUUUAACAGAUUGUGAUGCUGUCCUCUGGCAUGAUGACUCUGUAAUACCCCAAGUACCCGCUACCAUUAAUACUCUACAAACUUUAGGCAAAAAUAUCUAUUUUGUUACCAAUAAUGGCACUAAAACCCGUCAUGAACUAUGGCUUAAAGCCUCUCAAAUGAAUUACCAAAUAGAUGAGCAACAUAUUAUAGCACCCACCUAUUCUAUAGCAGAAUAUCUUAAAGAAAAUUUAUCCUCUAACGAAAGAGUCUAUGUGAUAGGUAGCCCUGCUUUAGCUGAAGAACUAAACAAGUUAAAUAUUAAAAAUUUUGGAAUGGGUGAGGAUUUAGUGCAAGGUAUUUGGGUUGAUAUGCUGGAGAAGAUUAAACAAGAAACAGGAGAAGAAAAAGUUGGUGCUGUUGUAGUAGGUUUUGAUGAACAUUUUAGUUUUGCCAAAAUGUUAAAAGCUUCCAAUAUAUUGGGUUCUAAUCCUGACUGUUUGUUUUUGGCUACAAAUGCUGAUGCUGUACAUAGAUAUCCCAAGUUUUGUAUGCCCGGUACAGGGGCUUUGGUAAUGGCUCUACAAACUUGCACAGGUCGUGAGGCCAAAAUGAUGGGUAAACCUAAUCCUGUAAUAUGUGAUAAUUUGAUUAGAAUGGGUUGUAUGCAGCCUAAGAGGACGCUGAUGAUAGGUGAUAGUGCUAAAAUUGAUGUUUUAUUUGGCAAGAAUUGUGGCUUCCAAACGCUUCUGGUGGGCACUGGUAAUGAUAAAUGGCCUCAGGUGCUGGAAUUUGUUAAAAAUAAACAAACGGAUUUUAUACCAAAUUAUUAUUUGGAAUCUUUGGGUGAUUUAUUGGAGGUUUUACAAAAGCUUUAAAGCUUUUUUUUAAAUAAAAACAAACUUUUGUUUUAUUUAUUAAAAAAAGCUUUAUAGCUAAA